AUGUCCCACGAGCCUGCCGUGGAGACCCAAACGACCGCUUCCACUACUAGCAGUAGUGGUGGCUACAGUGCCGAUGGUUCGAAUUCGGACCAAUCGUCACACGAAACGGUCCCGACCCUGGCAAUCCACGACGUGCCUCUCUCCCGAUCCCGGACACAACGUCGGCAAUACGAUCACGACCAAACCCACCGUGAGGAUGACGACAACGAGAGUCCCCAUCAUCCCAUGCACGGUCGGAGGAGUCACCGUGGUGGGAGCAGUGUCCCACCGUCAUCACCCGAAACCCGGACCGGGAAGAGACAUCCCCACGCCAUUCCAGACAAUCUCCUCCGCGAUACCCCUGUGGCUGACUCGGGGAGGUUUUUGGACAAGCCUAUCACCCACCACGACGUGGACCGGGAGGCGUGGCUCCAGCAACAACCACAACCACCGGACGGUACCCACAGUCCAGUCCUUCCCAACCACCAAAAGACCGUAGCCUUGGCCCCAUGGAACGGAGUACGGAUACACCAUCCCAUGGAUCCCCGCAUUGAUUUGUCCACCGUCGCACUCCUUCCUUGUCCCCACGUCCCGGCCCCAUCCUUCUGGGAGGAACCUACCAAACGGUCCCACGCACACGACACCAUUGCCAAUCAUCAUUCAUCACCACAACCACAACAACACUGCCCCCACACCAUCGUCCCACCGGUCGACCCCCGACCCGUCACCAACGAUCGAAAGCUACGUUCAUCUCAUUCUCCCAUACCUUCUCUUAUGCGACAGGCCGUGCGACCCUUUUUUCAGAUGCCCGGAGUGCCAUUGUCGCCGACAACCCGCACCAGUACCCUUGACAAGCACAACAUUGACGACGACGACAACGUCAACCCUACUGGUUCACCGACCCCUCCCCACCAUCCCGCUCACUCGUUCACCCAGCACGACUCGUCCGAAGGCUUUACCUCCUUUUUCACCACUACCCACAGUAGUACGGGACACUCCCACUCGAACGACACCAACACUACCGCUUCCUCCGAGAAUAAUCGACCGCGACGGAUCGCCGGUGAAAACGCGUCCGUUCGGAACGAGUCGUCGUCCGCGGCCAGUUUGCCACAACUUCCACCGGGCGCGCCGCUCGUCACGGACGUCUCUUCCUCCAACCCCACCGACAGUGUGGCCAGUACCGGAAUUAGCAAUCCCAACACUUCCGCCGGGUCCGGGAGUGGAGGGAACACCGGCAGCGGCAGCAAUCAAGGUAGUUCCGGGAGUGGCAACGAAAAGGGCAGCAACGAAGAGUUUUUGGCCAAGGAAGAUAUCACCCAUAGUGGUGAAGCCACCAAUGACGGAUCUGAGCGGUCCGACACGAACGCUGCUACAAAACCCGUCCCCGAACAAACGACAACGCCGCUCCGGGCGCCGGAUCCCGACGAGACGGUCCAACACGACGGAGUCCACCGCGAACGCAAGCUCCUCGACAAGAAACGCAAACGAAUCGAAAUGCGACGUGAAUACGAAGCCCAACAACAUCUGGAAUCGUCGGAAAGUAGCCAGCCGUCAGACACCGAUGAUAUCCUGUGUCCCGGUACAUUGGUCGCGCUGCAUCAAGUUCUAACCUUUAGCAAGACGGCAAGAAUUCUGGUACGUGCGAUACCCCCGUUCGUUGUCGAGCACACCAACGCGGCGUAUACGCGGCUGACUGGAAUUGAUUCCCACGCCGUGGUGGGGAAACCACUUUCCUCUUGCAUGGAGAUCCUCGCAUCGGAGUCAGCCAAGGGUUCCCAGUCGGUACGGGAGGAUGGCCAGAGCGAAAGCUCGUCCAAUGAGUCCGUCCCCUCAACAGAGCUGGAAUUGACGGUGGCUGCUGGUCGAGCCCAUGUCCAGGUUCCCCCGUCUAGACAACCUCCGAGCAAAAUAGAAAUGGAGGUUCUCGUCUUGUCCGGCGGCUUGUGCCACUUUCACUUGGCGCAUCUAACCGUCCGACCUCACGCAAUGGUCGAUCGCAAGAUGGCUGCUGGUCAUGCCGAACAGCAAAAGCACGAUGGAGCAGCGCCAAGCCGGGAGAACUCGUUGACAGGCAACGGCGCGAGCGUGAGGGGUAAAUACAGCAACGAACCUCUGGUUUUGACGUGCCGUAUAUCUAUAGCACCCGUGGUUUCGUCGCCGGAUUCCGUGACGGCCAACGAGGAGUCUGAACUCAGCCAGUCAAAAGUCAAGCGAAAAAAGUACCGCACUGAGGCGAGUCCGAAUGAGGAAGUGCACUACCGCGGCAUCAGUACUGGAGGAUCUCCGCACAGCAAUAGAAAACGUCGGCAAUUGCUCCCAAACGAGACGCCGGUUCACUAG